AAUCUAUAUGCAACAAAGUAGUGGAACAAAAUGUAAUGUGUCGUGAUCAUCGAAGGACAUGUGUUACGCAUAAAAAAUAAUUUGUUAAAAAAGUUAAGAACUAUAGGAAAUAUUUUAUGUUAUAGGCAACAUAUACCAAGUGUGCUAAAAUCGUAGCCACCACUGUAUGUGCGGAUGGCAAGGAAUAGUUACGCAGAUUGUGAACAUAAUGUGUGGUCUGUCAGAAUAUAAACUACUUGCCAUGGUCAUAUGGCGACCAUCAUUGAAGGUCGGUUAAAUUACAUUGCCAUUUGUCUUUUCAUAACUUUGAUGAUGACAUGAUAAAUGAUUUACCAUCAUGUGUGUAUGCGGGUGGUACUGCCGUCGGAAGUGGAAGUGGUAAUUUACGGAUGAGCUCCAAUUUCAGACAAAUUCAACAACAAUAUAUGCAACAAGGAAAUGAAAAUAUGUUAGAUUCUUCAACAAAUAUUGGACUAAACAACAACAAUAACAACAAUUCAUCAUUAAUAUGUGGUAGUCCAAAUGCUGGUAGCAGUUCGUACAAUUCUGUCCCAUAUAAAAUACAAAGACAACAGGCAAACGUACGUGAGCGGAAACGGAUCCAGAGGUCGGCACCAACUGGUAGUAUAAAUUCAGCAUUCGAUGAAUUAAGGGUACAUGUUCCAACAUUUCCCUAUGAGAAACGUUUAAGUAAAAUCGAUACUUUACGUCUGGCAAUUGCUUACAUUUCAUUGUUGAGAGAGGUAUUGCAAUCCGAUUACGAUCCUUUAACGUAUGUUGAAAAAUGUUUACGUGGAGAAAUAAAAGCGGACAGAGCUAAUUGGAAUACAAGUGAUUUAACAGCACGUUUAUCAUGGAUUAAUUGGGAAAAUCUUGGCGUUCAUCCAGGCAGAAGAACUUUGUUGACUUCAUUAGCACUAUCAUCUGAGCCAAUGUGUGGAACCCAUUGUGGAGCUCCUUAAAUACUUAGUCCAAUCUCAACAUCAAAUUUUUCUUCGUUAAAUUGUGUUCUCUUGAUUCACAUUGUCUUCCAAUUCAUUUAUUUAGCAUUAUUUGAAUUUAAUUUCAUGUAAUAGAAAUUUAAUUGAUCUCUAAGAUGUGCUAUUUAGUUAGUU